CGCCCGCCAGUAUACAAUUUGAAACCGGUGAUCAGGCGCCAAAAAUGUGUUAUAUUUAAAAUAAAAAAACUCAAAUCUUUGAAAAAAAAUCAACAAAAUAGGAACAUUUUUUGCUAUCGUAAUUCCUAAAGAUGCCUAUUUAUAUUAAAAAUACUAACUCUGAUGGGCCAUUGGAAGAAUGGUGCAUAGUGGAGCUGCAGGGCGAUCUAGAAGUGCGAGGAGAUCUCACGAUGGCUGGCCAAUUUAUAGGCGAUCUACUGUACAAUAAAUAUGGACAACCGAUUUUGAUUAUUGGUCACCACAUACUGCACGGUCGGCUGCAAAAAAUCGAUAAACCGCUGCUGGUGAUGGAGAAAUCAGACAUACACAAGCAGUGCCCCACCACCAAAAGUAGUGAUGACAACGAUGGCGGCGAAACGAUGCUUGACAUAAGCCAAGUAAGCCAACUGGAUAGCUCAAUUGCAUCUUCCAAUCGUACGGUUUUGGACUCAACGGUAGCAGUGGAACACAAAACAGUACCAAAAACGGAAUAUCUUGUUCGAGCCGUCGUGAAGCAUAAAAUUUUAUUCAAAGCCCGCCCCAAGCCGAUUAUUGCAAACGUGUCAAAAAGUGUUUAGUAUGUAAAAAUCUUUUUUUUAUUUUAGGCAGUUUAUUGGUUAAAA